GGGUGGCGUGGGCAGGGCGAGGGUCGGAGGGCUGGUGGCUCUGUCCUCCCGACCUCUUCGCUGAGGUGUAAUUCACGUGCCACACGUACAAAAUUCGCCCGUGCCGUCCGUCAGCUCUAACCGACGUGCAGGGUUCUACAGCCGCCCCGCGUGCCCGCGCGCGCCACCUGCUGUGUGGGGCGUUUCCUACGCGCACCGUGGACACGCAACGGCGCUGCGCGCCCGGCGCCUUUCACGAGCCGGGGCGUCCGUGCGCACUGCCGGGCUCUGGGACCGCGGGCGAGCGUUUCGCUGCCCUCCCUGGCACCGCGUCCUCGGCCGCUCCUAUGCGGCGGCGGAAGGAGACUUCCUGGGUGCAGAACAGCGAGGCCGGGAGGACCGGGCCGGGGUCCGGGUGUAGGUUUGGGGUGGGAAGGGGGCCGCCCGCAUCCCGCGGGAACCCCUGGUGAGCGGGCCGGCCGGGCUCGCGGAGGCACAGGGACACCCGCGAGGGUCGGCGGCGCCUGGCUGCGUUGCGCUCCCGGCCGCAGGGGGCGCCCGGAGCGCGGACCAAAGCCCUCCGCGGGUUGCUAGGCUGCCGUUUGGCGCUAAGAUGGGUGAGGCGCUGAUUGGUGGGGUCUGGACGAGGCGGCUGUCGGGUGUCGCAGCGACUGGGCCACAAAAAGCGUACCCCGGAGCUGUCGUCGCCAAUUGGCCCCGAGAGCACCGGAAAUGCCUGCGCACUGGACAGAAGAGACUGCACUCAAAGGCCGGGGGCACCGCUCAUUGGGCCGACGCUGGAGGCGUGUCUCGACCCGUUCGGUGAUUGGGCGUGGGCCUAGCAGAGACGGCACGGGCGCGGUGAUUGGACGCUGGGACCCAGCGGCCGCGGCGCGCAAUCCGAGGAAAGUCAGUGCAAGCUGCAUGGGGCGGCGGCGGCGCAGGGUGGACCGGGGAGCCGCGGUCGGGGCCUUGCCCGAGGCCAUCGCCGCGCUGAGUCGGACGCUGCCCGCUGGGCCCAGCCCCGAGAUCUUCCGCCGCGCCAAGUUCGACCGUCCGGAGGCGGCCCCGGCGCUCUGGCAGCUGCUCUUUCGCGUGCUCUCGCCGCUGUCAGCCAACGGCGCCUCGGCGCCCCCAGCCCAGGGCGAACCCCCAUCUACAGAGGCCCAAGUCCGAGUGGUGAAGUCGGAGCUGCACUCCCAGGGCUACCCCAGGCGGGCGCUGGCACAGCUCCCUGAGGACGGCUCCCAGGGCAGUCGCGAGCUUCUGCUGGCCUUGGCCUGGCUCCUGGCCCGCGGGCCCCUGCUCGAGCGGCUGCUGGCCCAGACCCGCGUGCGGCUGGGCGACGAGAUACCCCUGUGCGAGUGUGAAGCCCUGGCCAGCCCUGGCCCCCCUGUACCCCGUGUGGAAGCAGAUGGCCCUGUGGACAUACGCCACUUGCAGUGGCUGAUGGGAAAGCUGCGGUUCCAGUGGCGGAAGCUGAUCACCAGUCAGCAGGAGCAGUGUGCCCUCCUGGGCAAGAUCCACUCAUACACCCGCGGCUGCCACAGUGACCGCAGCCUUGGCCACCUGUCUGUUGCUGAGACCGAGCUGCUCAGGGACGCGGAGGGCGGCCGGCAGCUGCUUCGGAGGCUGGAGAGCGAGAAUGUGUGCCUGGAGGCAGCCCUGCAUUGGAGGCGCCAGGAGCUGGUCUUCUGGCGGUGGAUGGACACAGUCCUGGGCACCUGCCCUCCAGAGGCCUCGCAGCCCACGUUUGUGCCGCGGAUCCCCGAGAAGGGGGCUGGCGAGUGGGAGCUGGUGGCCCGCGAGCUGCAGGCCCUACAGGAGGAGUUGCGGGGAGCCGCGGAGCCCCGGCGGGCAGCCUGGGAGGCCAGGGUUGGAGGCUGGGGGCCCGAAUGGAGUGCGGUGCAGCGGGCCUCACGGGAGGCCGUGGGACUCGAGCUGGCAGCUCUUCAGCGGGCCUGGGAGCGAGGUGGGGCCGCAGCCCAGCCCCACGGGCCCUGCCGGCUGGUGAAGAGUGACGCCGGAGCCUCGGGGGGCCCAGGCCUGCGGGCGGCCCAGGUGAUUGAGGUGCUGAGGAGCCGGGAGGCCUGCCUGGAGGCAGUGCUGUGCCAGCUGCAGAGACAGUGUCGGCAGGAACUGGCCAGGCUGGCGGGAGCCCUGCCCGGCCUCAUCUGGAUCUUGCCACCCGGUCGUUGAGGCCCUGUGCCCGCCUCGAGGGGGACCUGCCCUGACCCGCCCUGGUUGGGCCUCGGAGGGGCAGAUUUCAGGGUGGUGGCAGGGACGACGCAGACACAGGGCCCCAGGCAUGGUCUCCCUGAGCCCUGGGGCUGUCCCCACCUGGGGCAGAGCCCAGCCCCUUGGCUAGUAAUACUGGGGGCAGGCAUGACAGGCUCAGUGUGGAGUCCAUGGGCCUUCAGGACCAAGAGAGGACCCAGAAAUAAGUCGUAGAGACCUCCCUGCAGGGGUGAGGCUCUAUUCUGGCCCUCCCUCUGCCACCCUUCCAGGUUCCUAUCUGGGGCAGGUUGGGGAGGGUCCGGUCUGUGCUCAGGCCCAGGGGAAAGGGACCCUGGGGGGUGGUUGCCGAAGCUGGGCUGGUCCAGCGCUGCCCAGGUGCUGGCGGGUCAGGCAUGGCCUGCAACACGGCGUGGGGAUCGGGGUCCUUCGGGGGAUUGCCCCGCAUGCCCCCUACACACUGUGCCCCGGGCCCCUAGUGCACACCCCGCCCUGUGGGUGCCUGGUGUGUGUGUGGGGGGCAGGGACGCCGGCUGGGAGCCUGGGGGUAGGGGGCUCUGCUCCUCUUCUGGGAGCGGUGCUGGGGGUGAGGGGGGGACCACUGUGGACAGAGGGGGCUUUGUUCCCAAGACCGGUCGGGGAGCUGGGCUCGGCCCUGACAAAGAGCCAUCUGUGUCUGGGGGAUGCGCCCCCAGCUUGCCGGAACAGGCCCCCUCCAUCCUGGGGGCUCAGCCUCUCGGCACCCCUCACCCAGCAGGCGCAGACAGCCGCGUCCCUGCCUCCCUCGCCAGGCUCCCCUGUCCUAGGGCGGUUGAACCCCAGGCUGCUGCUGGGCGGGCCUAGGGGCCUGUCCGCGGCCUCCUGCUGCCAGCCAGUUCAGGCCCGAGGACACUUCCACGCCUGGGCCCCGCAAGAACAUUCUCUCACUGGCUCUUCCUGCCUGGCUGGCGUGUUGCUGGUGUUGCCUGGUCUCGGCCAGCCUGCCCCCACCCCGACCCCCGUCCCUUGGGGGCGUCGAGUUCUCCCCUCCCCACACGGCCCCCUCCCAGCUCCUCACAUGCUCCAGCUGUGGCCCAGGGCCCGCGGGGCCCCGGCCCUCCACCUGCCGCCUCGGUGUGUGAAGUCACUUCUAGAACCCCUGCCUGCUGGGCCCUCCGCCAUCCUCCUAGCCGCUGGACAGGACCCUUCCUGGAAACAAGUCAUUCAAAGUUCCCUGUCCUCUGUGAGUGCCAUUGAGUCAGGACACCCACUGGCCCCCGAGAACGAAUUUUAGAAACCAAAUGCAAACUCGGUGUUCUGGAGCUGUCUCUUCUCAAACUGCUCUGUGGAUCCAAUACAGCCCACUCGAGACCCCA